CGGAGGACAAGCUUGACAGUCAGUACGUACCACUCACCCACCCCACUUCUUUUUUGACAUGAUGAAUCGAUGUGCAUACGUCAACACUACCCAUGUUUUUCCGCCGCACUCGUCACCAUCACACUUGCACGGCCAAUGCCAAGCACAUCUAGCCGCCGACAUGUGAAAAAGCACGCGCCCCAAUACGAGGCCGUGCCAAGCCGAUCGGAACUGCCUCUUUCGGACAAUUCGGACCCCACGCCUUGCGCUUGGACGGGGCAGAUACCACAGCCAACCCCGCUUCUCCUCAACGCAUCGAACAAGACACCAUUCCGCACAUUCCGUGUGUCAAACAGAUCCUCCACAGAAGCGAGCGCGAAUUCUGGCCAAAAUUCAAAAAGAUGCGAACGCCAAGCCAAUACGUAGACUUGGGAGCUCUCGCCACCGAGCUUGCGUCAGCUCCAAGAAUAGCCUUCCGAGCUCGGGGCGGGGCCUAUGGUGCAUACACCCACGCACCUCCAUUCACUGUAGGUGUGUAGGUACGCCCGGCGAGCUACAACCUGAAACACGCCCUCGCUUACGUGGAUGUGGGUGCGUGGGCUGGCUUGCGGUGGGUAAAUCCCAGGUGCACGCAGAAUGGGCUGACGGGGGGACGGGCUGGGUCUGUGGAAUGCAAGCAGGGAAAAAACAAUUGGGUAGGGGUGUGGGCACGUUGAGGCCGCGGGAAAGCAGGGCGGCAAAGUCUGAUGGCUUGACAUCGUCGAUUUGGAGGCGAUGGUGAUCGUGUAGCUGUAGUCAAAGUGCUCAGCGAGAUGAGUGCUCAGCGAGAUGAUGAUUGAAGGAAGGCACAAUGUUUUCAACGAUG